UAAUGGCAAGCUCACCUACUGUUAGUUUUAGUGCUACGUGUACAUACAUUAAUUGCACUGAACCAAAGUUGCAAUGUUUUGUUUACAUUUGUUCUUUGGAUGGAUGAGCAUGUCAUAUUGUUCACUUUCUGUCGGUCUAUCUACGUUGUGUAGGGUUUGAACUUGAGAACCUAUUAUCUCUGACUUGAAGUUGAAAAGGCCAAUGAACUUGGCGAAUAGCGUCAGCAUACAAGUCUCCGCCCCGUACAUAUGGGUAUAAAAGGAAGAUGGUGUGCUCCAUUCAUUCACCUUUUGUUCUUCGGAACCUGCGAGGCUCUUUAAUGCCAAGCUACUUCGUCUCUGACUGGAAAAUUGCUGGACUUACUAUGCGUGCAGUGGAUUCAUCCCAUUUCGGCAGAAGCAGAGGUGUCUAAAAGAGCUUAUUUCUUUCUUUUCAAAACGGAUUCUCUUCCGACAUGUCUUGCCUCUGUGCUCGCAGAUGCGGCGGGCUCAUCCUAGACGGGUGCGUGAUGAGGAUGAGAUUUCCAUCGCAGCAUCGGAAGGCGACUUGCUGGUAUCGGACGCUUAAGACUCCCUGGAGCUCCCGAGUUCGGCCAGUCGAGCCCAGGACGAGGCUGACGCGCAGGUGUCAGCCAUGCUCACCCAGGCUGCCGUGAGCAUCGGGUUGCAACAACUUCCCCACAUCGCUCGCGGCUUGAUUCCCGGAGGUGCAUGAGGAGCUCACCAAGACCUGGAAUUCCCCCUUCUCGGUGUGUUAACCUUGCACAGAUGAGAGUUGCCUAGAAGGUAUGCUUUCUCGAAGCGCCCAUCGUGCAAGGUGGGCUGUUUGAAGAAGCAGACAGAGACCAUUAAUCCUCGCCGCGACCCGGCCGCCUUCAGGUUGUCGAGGUCCUGGCCAUUCUGCCAACCACAGAACCUCCCCUCACGAGGAUGAUGAUGCAGAUCGCUCCCCUAACCCUCUGUCACUGUGUCUGGGGGUGUGGUUACAGCUCCCCAGCUCGUCGCGUUGACUAGUGAGGAUGAACCGUCUAAGCUACGCAAUCCAGUUCGCCAGGUGCCCGCCCAGGUUUCGGGGCAUUCUGUUUACCUAUGAGAAUGCUCUCAUGCUUUAGGCCAAGGUCACCAACCUUCUGGCAAAAGGUGUGCCUGUCCCUCAAGCCGAGAUGUCUUCGGGGUUUACAGCCUCUACUUUAUCGUACCCAAGUAAGGUGGGGGGCUGCGCCCCAUCCUUCACACUCUGAACAAGGCCCUUCAGGCUCCCGUUCAGAAUGUUGACGCAGAAGCGCAUCCUGGCGUCCGCCCGACAUCAGGAUUGGUUCGUGGUUAUCGAUCUGAAGGACGCAUACUUUCAUGUCUCCAUUAUCCCUCGUCACAGACCGUUCCUUUGGUUUGCCCGCGAGGAUCGAGCAUAACAGUACAAAGUCCUGCCCUUCGGUCUGACCCUGUCUCCCCGUGUCUUUACCAAGGUCGCGGAGGCUGCUCUUGCUCCCCUCAGGGAGCAGGGUGUGCGUAUUAUCAACUGUCUAGGCGACUGGCUCAUCGUGACGCACUCACAAGAUCUGUUGUGUACACACAGGGACCACGUGCUCUGGCACCGACUGGGCCUGCGGGUCAACUGGGACAAGAGCAAGCUCUCUCCGGUGCAGAGCAUCUAUUAUCUCGGUAUGGAACUAGACUCUGUCACCAUGUUGGCGCGCCUUACCAACGAGCGCGCCCAGUCAAUGCUGCACUGCCUGACACUCUUCAGGUGGCAAUCAGCGGUCCCACUGAACUUUUUCAGAGGCUCCUGGGGCAUAUGGCAUCCUCGACAGCAGUCGUGCCACUCAGGUUGAUGCAUAUGAGACCGCUUCAGCAUUGGCUUCAGAGUCGCAUUCCCUGGAGAGCGUGGCACACCGGCACGAGGCGUAUCUUCACGCCUCACUGCCGUUGCACCCUAUCCCUUUGGACAGAUAUGUCCUUUUUCCGGGCUGGAGUCCUGAUCGGGGCAGGUCUCGAGCUGCGUUGUCCUGACGACAGACGCUUCCCUGCUCAGUUGGGGUGCUGUGUGCAACAGCAUGCAGUGUUGGGUCGUUAGACGGGCCCAACCUGCAGUGGCAUAUCAACUGCCUAGAGUUGCUUGCCGCUUUGCUUGCUCUGAAGAGGUUCAUUCCCCUCAUUAAGGGCAAGCACGUGCUGUUCCGCUUGCUCAUGAGCACGAUCACUCAGGCCAGAGCUCCAGCCACUAGGCAACUGUAUGCCUACAAGUGGCACCUCGUCUCGUCCUGUUGUGCGAUUGGUGUCGUGCUGUCCUUCCUCCAGGUUAGGUUAGAGAGCAAUCUCUACCCCUCUACGCUCAAGGUGUGUGUCGCCGCCAUCGCUGCACAUCACACGCUUGUGGCCGGUAAGUCUCUUGAACAGCAUGACCUGGUCAUCAAAUUCCUGAGGGGCGCGACGCUCCGUACCCUCUUGGGACCUUUUGAGCCCCAAGGAGAAGCCUCUCUACCUCAUCUAACGAUGAAGACAGUUCUACUAGUGGCGCUCGCCUCCAUCAAGAGAGUAGGGGAUCUGCACGCACUCUCUGUGUCCAACGAGUGCCUAGAGUUCGGGCCGGGCCACUCCCUUGUGGUUCUGGGACCCCAGCCUGGCUACGUGCCCAAAGUUCCCACCACUCCCUUCAGGGACCAGGUGGUGAACUUGCAGGGGCUCCCCCCUGAGGAGGAAGACCCAACCCUGCCGUGUUGUGUCCAGUACGCGCCCUGCUUCUCUACUCGGACCGCACGCAGAGCUUCAGAAGCUCUGAGCAGCUGUUUGUUUGUUUUGGAGGACAACAGAAGGGGAGAGCUGUCUCCAAACAGAGAUUGGCGCACUGGAUCAUGGACGCCAUCAUGACAUACUGGUCCCAAGAUCUCCCGUGCCCUCUGGCAGUGAGAGCUCACUCUAGCCGGGGUGUAGCCUCCUCGUGGGCACUGGGCUCAGGGCGCCUCUCUGGCAGAUAUCUGCAGAACUGCAGGUUGGGCUAUGCCCAACACUUGUAGAUUCCACAACCUUCAUGUAGAGCCAGUGUCUGCCCACGUCUUGCAGUAAGAACGGCGGCCGGCUGGGUGUACGCCUGCGAAUCGCCUUCUGCCCUUCAGCAGGUAAAACAGUGCGUUAUUCCAGCUUCCCUACUUCCCCCAUCGGGCGAAGUACAAGCAUCCCAUCCAUCACUAAGCACCUCCCUGGUUUACGAGCCGGGCGGAGAGGCCCUUAUUCCAAGCCCAGUAUAGGUAGAGUUUCCCUGAACCCCUAUUCCUGAUCUAGUGCUCCACACAUAGUGACCCCCCCCUUGGGUUGUCCUGUCUGACAUUUCCUCACUCUUGGUUCCCUGCUGGUGAACCUGUGACCUCCCCUCGGUGGACUCCACCGCUUCUGUGCACCCCUGGUUGGGUCCCCGCACUACUACUCCCAUGAGAUCUCCCCACUGGUGAGUACGUAGCGUCCCCCCCUCAGGCAAGGGGGUAGUGCUUCCCAGUGUUCCUUACGGUGCUGGGCGGCUGUCUCGUCUCUAGAGUAGGAAGGCCACCGGCUGUUGGUAAGCCUCUCGUCUUUGACUUACUCAAACUGAUGCUUUACUACACCACUGGAGGGUUACACUUCACGGUAACGCUCACUUGUGACUUGCCCAGGCCAGUCAGUGCCGAGACGUUUUAUUGCACUUAUGCUUUUUGUUGUCCUUAUGUUAUUCCAAUUGCUUCCAUUGUUUAUUUCAUUUGUAUGUUGCUUUGGAUAAAAGCAUCUGCUAAAUGACUAAAUGUAAAUGUAAAGUUCAAACCCCAUUCUGUCUCGACACAAUGUCAGGGAACAGGUUACAGAUGUCAGGGAACAGGUUACAGACGUAACCAAGAUGUUUCAUUUUGAUAUGAAAGUAAAUCUCUUUGUUCUAAAACUUAGUGAGCUAUCUACAUUUUGAACGCUGUCAAGAAUCAUGCUCAGUUUUUCCAUGAGGACUUUCAUAAAUUAGUCAGCAUGAUCAAACUGCCCACAUAGAUUAUGUUAUCCAAUAGCAGCAUUGCACUUAACAGAAAAGGUAAUCCCAAAAUACUUUUCUGUUCAAGAUGGUAGACCUUUGAAAGAAUGUCAGUAUAUAGACUACAGUGUGUUGUAAAUAUUACAAUUUGUAUAAAUUAAACUGAGACUACCAAUUAAAUAGUUUAUUUAUUUAUUUGUAAUUAUCUAUGUGUUUUGUGUAUUUCUAGGAUUGAAGUAACAAAAUAACUUUUCAGCUUUUGAGUCUCAUUACUCCAUAUAAUGUAUAAGCGGUGCUAUUUACAUACAUUGCAUUAUAUCUCAUGUGAAAAGCAAUUUUUCUAUCCACACUAAACAACAAAAUACAUGACAAUCAAAGAAAGAACAUACAUUGAUUCUUAAUAGAAAGUUAUUUGGUGUGAAAUUUUGAAAGAGAUCUGUUGAUAGGGCUACACAACACAGCAACAAUUUAACUAACUGACCGACAAAAUAACAAAAUCUUCUAAUAGGGUAGUCAAUUAGUCAAUCAUAUUCUCAAUCUAAAAACACGUUUUGUCCCAAAUC